UUUUCACUGCCUCCUAUUAUAAAGUCUGUCACUACUGUCUAAAUGUAUCUUUCUCUGUCUCUCUCCGACUCCUUCUAUUUCUCUCCCCUUUCCAUAUUUUUGUCUCUUUCUCUUCCAAUCUCUGAGUUUCUCUUACACUUUCCCCUAUCUCUGUAGCUGUUAAUUGUUCAACAUUUCCUUCUCUCGUUUCUCCUGAUUGACUGUCGCAGUCUCUGUUACUCCUCUCUGUGUUUGUGUGUAUGUUUUCUCCUGUCUGUUUAUCUGCUGUCAGGCAUUAACUUCGUCACUCUACCCAUCCCCAUCUCAGUCUUUCUCUCUAUUCUUGUCUGUCAGUGUCUCUGCUUCUCUCAGUCUAUCAUUACCAUGGUCUCUCUCCAUUCUUUCUCUCUCUCUCUCUCUUUCUCUCUCUCUGUCACAGUCUCUGGUCUUUUUAGAUAUCUCUGUGGUUCUGCCUGUUCCUGUCUCCUCCCCCUCACCCACUGCCUGUUUCACAAUCUCAUUUGAAUCUUAAAAAGCCAUUUUUAUCAGAAAACCAGUGUUCUGAGGAUUGUGUUUGUGUGCCGAAUUGACAAACGGCUUCACUUAGAUUUUGAGAAUCAGCUCAAGGCUGAAGCUGGAGCUCAGUACCAUGGGGACUGGUAUAGGAACCAGGAGGAGCGGCUGGGUGUGGAUCUGCAUUGGGCUUUGUGUCACAAUAUCUGCUUCUGGAAACUCCAGUCAUUGGACAGCGGGUAUCUCCUGGAAUCAUUCGCAAACAGGACAGGAUAUAGUGAAAAGUUUGAGGGAAGGCAGGCAGCUUGGACUUUGGAAUAAUGGAGAGCAGAGACGAGGGAAGCGAAGCGCCGAGGCUUGUCCAAACAACCUAUAUCCGGAUGCAAAAACAUCGCUCUGCUGCAAAAAGUGCCCUGCAGGUUCCUAUGUAACCAGCUCAUGUGUGAAGAAUGGCGAGAUGCCAGUUUGCAAGAGAUGCCCAAAGGAUACUUAUCUCGCUUUUGAGAACUAUAACAGCAAGUGUCAGAGCUGUACCCUGUGUGAUAAAGAGUUCCAAAUUGUUCUUCGUAACUGCAGCGCUGACAAUAACACAGUGUGUGGCUGCCAACCCCACCAAUUCAAGCAAUGUCACCAUGUCAACUGUCUGAGCUUCUACUGUCAGAAUUGCUCCAAAUGUAACAACAGGCACAUCACUAAAAUCUGUUUGAAUAAUUCAGAUGCUCAAUGUGGACAGUGUCUACCAGGAUUCUACGAGCAUGGCAACCAGUGCAAAGCCUGUACAGAGGCACAGUGUAAGAAUGACUCCUCUGCCAAUUGUUCCAGGUGUACAACUCCAGAACCACCUUUGGCUCACACAGGAUUGAAGUCCGUUCUGAUUUUGGCUAUCGUGGGCUGUCUCUUCAUUCUACUUGUGAUGCUUCAGUUUUUGCGCCUUAAAUUUCAACGUGAGAGUCCAGACAAACUGGAGAUUCUAACUGUUACAGCUUCUGAAGAAGUCAAGACGAUAAAGAACGAAGACAAGAACAUACCCUUUGAGAUUCCGGAUGGGAAAUCUGACAUCAUUGUCGAGGUCAUGACCCAGCCACUGGCAAACUGCAACAUCUAUGGGACUAGUCCUCAGCAAACACUAGUUCAACCUGAGACACAAGCAGCCAUGACCCUAGACGGAAAGACUUUGUACGAGGUCAUCAAUGUGGUGCCCGUGCGGAGGUGGAAAGAGUUGAUGCGGUUGUUAGAGCUGAGGGACUGUGAUAUCGAGCGGAUUGAGAUGGAUGUUGCUCAGUCCCGUGACCAGCAAUAUGAAAUGCUGCGGCAGUGGAGCCAGCAACAGGCAUCCUCAAUGGAGUCAGUGUACCAGGCCUUAGAGAGCAUGAACCUCUCCGGAAUAGUGGAGGAACUUCAAAACAAACUGCUCCACAAAACUAACUCACCCCGUUAAGCCGCACACAGCCACAACUCAGCACAGCAAGGCUUGGAAUUACAAAUUCACUACUUUCAUCGAAGCCACCUUCUGGGUCUGUCUUACAGCCCAGGAUUAUCGG